AUGAAUACAAGACGUCUGGAGAUACGAACCAAACCCACAUGAGCGAUCCCACACACACCAACACCUCCCCCCCUCUCCCUCUCUCAGCUCUGAGCUCCUCUCCAAUGGCGGAUUACGACGACGAAGACGAGAUCGACCACCAGGACCACCAGCACCACCGUCGGAUCAUACCCAAAGAGACCGCGCUCCAAGCCCUCAACACCAUAAUCCAACUCCACUUCGAGAAAACCCUAGAGAAAAAACGAGCCGUGGACCAACAGAAGAAGAAGCUGCACAAGCUGUUCCAGCUCUUCUUCAUCUUCCUGGCCAUCGUCUUCGCCGCCCUGUCUCAGCCCUCCGGCCGGAUCCAGUGCCGCCAUUGCUGGGCACCCAUCUUCUUCCUCUCCUUCUCCCACCUCGUCUUCUACGUCUCCGUGGCUCAAACCCUCCGAUGCGUCAACGGGUUCAAGUACCAGAGACGGUGCCACAAGCUGACCCUCGGCCUCGCCACCGAGAAGCUCCGCCUCUUCAAGGCCAGGAUCGCCGCCGGAGACGACGGGGAUAUCGCGGGAGAUCUGGAGGUGCAGUACCAGGAGCCGCCGGAGAACUACUUCGGGAAGUUCAAGAGGAACUGGGCUCUCCACUUCGGCUUCCUCAUCCUCCUCUACGCCUUCAUGGUCUCCUUCUCCGUCGUCGUCCUCUGCUUCUGAAACCCCAUCCCAGGGGUAUUUUCGGUGUUUCAGGACAGGCUCGUCCCGUUGUCCCGGGGUAAAAUGGUAAUUUAAGUCCAACUCAGUAGAGAGGGAGAGAUUCGAGGAUAGAAUGUUACAAUUGUUCUACCGUCACCGUGUAUGUAACAAAAUCGGUCCACGUCUAUUUGAUGAAUAUCGUAAUGCUUCCAUCAGUUAUUUUA